UCUUGGUGGAUCCUCCCUGGAAAUGACUCACUGAACCUCUGGAAGGAGUGUCUGAGCUACUCCAACCAGUCUGUGCCCGAGGUCUGGGUGUGCAGCAACGUCAGUGAGAACGGCUGGCUGAAGGCCGUGCAGGCGCUCAUGGUGCUGUCCCUGGUGUUCUGCUGCCUCUCCUUCGUGCUCUUCAUGUUCCAGCUCUACAACAUGAAGCGCGGGGGCCUCUUCUAUGCCACCGGCAUCUGCCAGCUCUGCACCAGUGUGUCAGUGUUCACCGGGGCCCUCAUCUAUGCCCUGCACGUCAGGGAGUUCCACCAUCCCGGCGGCUCCUUCGGCUACUGCUUUGCCCUGGCCUGGGUGGCGUUUCCCCUGGCACUGGCCAGCGGCAUCAUUUACAUCCACCUGAGGAAGCGAGAGUGACCCCCGCCCGGCCCCGCCAGCCCAGCCUUCCCAAGCUACCCGCCCUGGGAGGGCCCGGCCCUGGAACCUCAGUCUCCCGCCCUGUGCAGUGGGCGAGAAAGCCGCCGGCCCCUGGCACUCGGUGCUCUGGCCGCCCAGCGGUCGGGGACUCGCCCCACUCCAGGCUCUGGCACCUCCUGGCCCCGGGCCCAUCGCGGAACCCUCUGCCCCAGAAUGGGAAUCGCACCUUCCGCCCAGGCCCGUGGCAAGAACGAAAUGAAACCGUAUCUGUCAAGUGCUUAGCCUGCACACAGCAGGCGCUCUAUAAAUGCUUACUCCCCCA